AUGAAAUUAAGAUUAUUCAUGAGUAAAUAGUUGUGGGACUCUGAAGUAUUUAAAUUGUCAAGACUCCAUCUGAAUAAUAAUUAGAUUCUAAGAGAUUAUAAGAAUAUUUAAAAUAAACUGGAUUGGAAAAGAUAUUUAUGGUGA